GCUCUCCCAGCUCCCAGCCACUCCCAGCCACUUCACAGUUCACACUAGCUCACUCUCUUUCCCCCUACCCCCUCUCAUCUCGGCCUCGGCCUCCCGGUCCCCGGCGCCUCCACGCAACCGGCGCCGCUCCGCCAUGGCGUACUCGGGCGGCGGCGGCAAGAUGUCGGCCGUGGACGCCAUCCUCGCCGAGGCGGCCGACCUGAUCGCGCUCGAGCAGAUCGCCAAGCUCAACACCGCCCACCUCGCCGACGACUCCGCCCUCCCGUCCAGCCUCGAGUCCCGAUUCCGCAAGCUCAAGUCCCUCCCCGCCGCCCCGGCCGCUCCAGUCAAGACCCUCGGCCGCAGCGCCACCGCGCCGCACCCCACACUGCCCGACCCGCCGCGGCCGAACCCUGCGCCUGAACAGCCGCCCGCACCGACCCCGCCGGGCCAAGAAGAGCAUCCACCGAGCCCGGCGGUCGAAGGCGAGCGGCCACCGGGAGGCGCGGCGGAAGCGGCCAAGAAGAAGGGCGACACAUCGCCGCCGCAGGAGCUGCGUCCUACGGCCACCGUCCCCGCGGUUCGCGACGACGAGGACCUGGAGAGAUUGUUCGGAUCAGGGAGGCGGGGCCGGCCGACGCUGCGGGAGCGGAACAGGGGCCGGGACGACGACGGCUCUCCCUCUCCGCCGCCGCCGCGCCAGGCGUGCUGCUUCGGCUUCUCCCCCAGGAAGCCCCUGCAGAGGACGCCGACCAAGGGCAAGAAGGUCCAUGGGUCAGGCAACGGCGACGUUCUCGGCAUCGACUCCGGCGAGUGGGGCGACGAGAACAGGAGGAUGGUCACCGAGCUCAAGGAGCAGCAGCGCAAGCUCAAGAAGGCGCUCGAGGAGCAGGUGAAGGUCAGCAGGGAGACCGCCAAGAUGGCGAGCUGGGUCAAGCAGGCAUCCGCGCGCAUGACUCAUACCACGGCCAUUGACGACUUACUCAGUGACUGCGAAGACGAAGAUGAGCUCAAAUGACCAAAUGCCAUCGCCUUGCCUGUCUUCUUUAUCAGUAGUUCCACUGCCUUGAUCACAAAUCUAUCAAAUGCUUAUCGUACUAUAGAGCAGAGCUAGAACUAGCAAAUGAGCUGAGGUUUCAGGGAAAAUGAAAAUAUGCUGUUUUUCUUUGUGUGUUUUAGAUGAAGAAAGAUGUAAGAAUGAAAUCAGUAUGUAAGGAGGCCAUGAGUGAUACAAGAAUGAUGAAAAAACUACUAUGGUCAAAAUGCCUGCUCAUC